UAAAACCCAUUUUGGUUGGCGAUAAAUAUACCUUGGGGACUCAACUGAAUCGCCUCCAAUCCAAAACCCUAAACCAACACCAGAGGCGGCUCCAAAAUGGUUCAGCGGCUCACUUACCGCACGCGUCACAGCUACGCCACCAAGUCCAACCAACACCGCGUCGUCAAAACCCCAGGAGGGAAGCUGGUUUAUCAAACGACAAAGAAGAGAGCUAGUGGACCUAAAUGUCCUGUUACCGGCAAGAGAAUUCAAGGAAUUCCUCAUUUGAGGCCUGCUGAGUAUAAGAGGUCUAGAUUGCCUAGAAACCGUAGGUCCGUGAACCGUGCUUAUGGUGGAGUUCUAUCUGGAAGUGCUGUUCGAGAAAGGAUCAUAAGGGCCUUCUUGGUGGAAGAGCAAAAGAUCGUGAAGAAGGUACUGAAGAUUCAGAAGACAAAGGAAAAGCAAUCAUCCAAGUGAGAGCUAGGAUUUGCUAAUGGAUUGAUACUGAAUCUUGGAAUAGUAGUUUGAGGGGAUUUAAGAUUUGGAUUUAUGUUUUUAAAUUUGUUAUGAAUCAUGUUCUACUUUUUCAUUUUGUCGACAAAUCAACUUUCACGUCAAAAUUUUGUUUUUGGAACACUCACUUUGUUUGCUCUUCUCCAAAUUUGGUAUUUCCACUGAAA